CACUCUUAUCUCUCUCCCUCCAUCUCCGCCGAUUCCAUCUCUUACUCACUUUCCCCUUCCCCUGUAAAAAGCAAGCUCCUUUCUCCUCCCUCUCCUCCUCCUUCAAUGCCACCAUAAAACCCUACAACAAAGUUCCAUCCUUUAACCUCUUCUCUCUCAUAAAAAAUGGCGAAAUCUCAUCUAUUCAUCCUCCUCUGUUUCCUCCUCAAUUCCGUAUCUUCUCAAACCACCGUCGAUGAGCCCACUAUGCAAGCCCUCAAAUCCCACCUAAACCUCACCAAAGACGUUGACUGGUCAAACCCCAACCCUUGCAAAUGGCCAACCGUCGAGUGUUCAAACAACAGAGUCACCCGAAUCCAACUCAACAACAAAGCCAUCCGAGGAACCCUCCCCUCCAAUCUCCAAACCCUAACCGAGCUAACCGUCCUCGAAUUCUUCAUGAACCAAAUCUCCGGUCCCAUCCCCGAUCUCUCCGGUUUAACCCGGUUACAAACCCUAAACCUCCACGACAACCUCUUCGACUCUGUUCCCAAAAACCUCUUCUCCGGCAUGGUCUCUCUCCAAGAGGCUUACCUCGAGUACAACCCUUUCUCUCCCUGGGAGAUACCCGAGUCUCUCAAAGAAGCUACUUCUCUUCAGAAACUCUCCUUGACCGGAUGUAACUUAACCGGGAAGAUACCUGACUUCUUCAGCUCCCAGACGCUUCCUAGCUUGACAAGUCUCCAGCUUUCUCAGAAUCUCUUGCAAGGGGAGUUGCCUCCGAGCUUUGGAGCUUCUUCUUUACAGAAACUAUACCUCAACGGGCAGAAACUUAACGGUUCUGUUUCUUUAUUACAGAACAUGACUUCGUUAAUCGAGCUUGAUCUGCAAGGUAACGCCUUCUCAGGCCCAAUCCCUGACCUCUCUGGUUUGGAAGCUCUGAGUCUGUUCAAUGUAAGAGAGAAUCAACUCACUGGUCUUGUCCCACCGUCGUUGACUGGUCUCAAGUCGCUUAAAACUGUGAACCUAACCAACAACUGCUUCCAAGGACCGACUCCAGAGUUUGGAAAAUCCGUUGCUGUUGAUGUAAUAGCCAAGACGAACAGGUUCUGUCUGGAGACUCCUGGUGCUCCUUGUGAUCCUCGUGUCGAUACAUUGCUCUCUGUAGCCGAGUCGUUAGGUUAUCCGGUGAAGCUAGCCACGAGUUGGAAAGGUAACGAUCCGUGUGAUGGCUGGCUUGGGAUUACUUGUUCGGGAAGUAACGUCACGGUGGUGAAUCUAGGGAGGCAGGGGCUUACUGGUACUAUCUCUCCGAGCUUUGCUAAGAUUGCUUCGUUGGAAACUAUUAAUCUGUCUAAUAAUAAUCUCACCGGGACUAUACCUAACGAGCUCACCACGUUGCCUAAGCUUAAGACGCUUGACGUGUCUAACAAUGAUAUCUACGGAGGUGUUCCGAAGUUUGGGGAUGGUGUGGCUGUGGUGACUAGUGGUAACGCUAACAUCAAUAAGGACGGACCUUUGUCACCGGAUGGAGGGGGUGGAGGAGGUUCUAAGAAGUCGAGCAGUGUGAAGAUCAUAGCUCCUGUGGUUGGUGGUGUUGUUGUUGCUGCGUUGUGUUUAGUUGGUCUCGGUGUGUGUCUCUACAAGAAGAGAAGAGCAAGGCCGGCUAAGGUUCAGAGUCCAAACAGCCACGUGGUGGUACAUCCGCACCACUCUGGUGAUGGAGACGCUAUUAAACUUAGCGUUGCGGCUUCUAGUGUUGGAGGGAGCUCUAACAGUCAGACUCCGAACAGUGAGAUUCAUGUGGUGGAGUCUGGUAACUUGGUUAUAUCUAUACAGGUUCUGAGGAGUGUGACGAACAACUUCAGUGAGGAGAACAUUCUCGGGAAAGGCGGUUUCGGGACGGUUUACAGAGGUGAGCUUCACGAUGGAACUAAGAUAGCUGUGAAGAGGAUGGAGCCUUCAGCUGUGAGUGACAAGGGACUUGAAGAGUUCAAGUCAGAGAUCACAGUUUUGACGAAGAUGCGUCACCGUCAUCUCGUUGCACUUCUUGGCUACUGUCUUGAUGGUAACGAGAAGCUUCUUGUGUAUGAGUACAUGCCGCAGGGGACACUGAGCCAGCAUUUGUUCCACUGGAAAGAAGAAGAGAGAAAGCCGCUUGAUUGGACUAGAAGGUUGGCGAUUGCAUUGGAUGUAGCUCGUGGUGUGGAGUAUCUACACACGCUUGCUCAUCAGAGUUUCAUCCAUAGGGAUCUAAAGCCAUCGAACAUCCUUCUUGGUGAUGAUAUGAGAGCUAAAGUCUCUGACUUUGGGUUAGUCCGUUUAGCCCCUGAAGGCAAAUACUCCAUUGAGACUCGUGUCGCUGGCACCUUUGGAUACCUUGCUCCAGAAUAUGCAGUGACGGGAAGAGUGACGACCAAGGUAGACAUUUUCAGCCUAGGAGUCAUACUAAUGGAGCUAAUCACUGGUCGUAAAGCCCUUGACGUUACACAACCUGAAGACAGCGUCCAUCUAGUGACAUGGUUCCGUCGUGUGGCAGCCAGCAAAGACAAAGACAAAGACGCCUUCAAGAACGCAAUAGACCCAAAUAUCAACCUUGACGAAGAGACCUUAGCUAGUGUCCAAAUAGUUUGGGACCUUGCUGGUCAUUGCUGUGCUCGUGAGCCUAUCAACAGACCAGACAUGGGUCACAUUGUCAACGUCCUUUCUUCACUCACCGUCCAGUGGAAACCCUCUGAGGCAGAUCCUGAUGACCUCUACGGGAUAGACUAUGAUGUGCCUCUUCCUCAAGCUGUUAAGAAAUGGCAAGCCUCUGAGGGACUCAGCCAAACCAUGGAUGACUCUGGAUCUUCGUCUUCAGCUUAUGGAAGUAGAGACAAUACACAGACGAGUAUCCCUAUUCGCCCAUCUGGUUUUGCUGCCUCGUUCACUUCUGUUGAUGGACGUUGAAGAUAAUAAAGACUGCGUUUUCUUAUGGUUUCGUUAAAACGUUUUAGUAGUAGUAGAAGACCCUUUUUGUUUUUCUCACAAGCAUUUACUUAUGACUUGGUAUCUUUUUUUUUUUUUCUCAUGCAAGCUUUUGGUUUAAGAUGUUAUCAUCUUUGUAGUGUUUAUGCAAAUAUAAAACCAUCUUUUGAGAGUUCUUAGAUAUGAACUCUCAUUCCU